CAAGUUAUGUAACUCCCAGCUGGUGCUGAACGCAAAUCAGACCGAGCCGGUGGCGUGUCCCGCCCAAGCGUGCAUCGAGGUCGCUGCGUUCCAGUUUUCUGUCCGAAGUGAACGGAAGCCGUUCAGCAGCACAGUGCCGGGAAAUAGAAUAGCUUUCAACUGAGGUGAAAUUCAUCGGUUCCAAGAUGUCAUCAGUCAAACGCUUGGUUUAUGCAGUCAUCCAUUUCUUGAGAGAGCAGAGUCAGAUGGAUUCUUUCACUCCAGAUGAACAAGAAAGCUUGGAAGUUGCAAUUCAAUGUCUAGAGACUGUUUUUAAGAUUAGCCUGGAAGAUACUCAUCUUGCACCUCCACAGCAUUUGAUAGAGAUGUUCACAAAUUCUUUUCACAAGAAUGACAUGCUGCCUUUGUCAGAUUCUUUACCAGAGGAUGUUGAAAAGGCUGACCAGCUGAAGGAUGAAGGCAACAAUCACAUGAAAGAAGAGAAUUAUGGUGCUGCAGUAGAUUGUUAUACUAGAGCUAUAGAACUGGAUCCAAACAAUGCAGUCUAUUAUUGCAACAGGGCUGCAGCUCAAAGUAAGCUCAGCAACUACAGUGAAGCGAUAAAGGACUGUGAGAGAGCCAUAGCAAUAGAUCCAAAAUACAGCAAAGCAUAUGGGAGAAUGGGGUUGGCUCUGACCUCAGUGAAUAAAUAUGAAGAAGCAAUUACGAGUUACCAAAAAGCACUCGAUCUUGAUCCAGAAAAUGACUCUUAUAAGUCAAAUUUGAAAAUAGCAGAACAGAAACUAAGAGACAUGUCCAGUCCUACUGGAACUGGACUGAGUUUUGACAUGGCAAGCUUGAUAAACAAUCCUGCCUUCAUUAGUAUGGCAGCAAGCUUAAUGCAGAAUCCUCAAGUUCAACAAUUGAUGUCAGGGAUGAUGUCAAAUGCCAUUGGUGGCCCUGCUGCAGGUGUUGGUGGCUUGUCAGAUUUGUCCAGCCUGAUCCAUGCGGGGCAGCAGUUUGCACAACAGAUACAGCAGCAGAAUCCUGAGCUCAUAGAGCAACUGAGAAAUCAUGUCCGGAGCAGAUCAUUCAGUGGCAGCACUGAAGAGCAUUCCUGACUUAAAGAAGGGAUAUAAAUUGGAAUGGUAUAUAACCCCCAAAUGCAUACCAUAGUUAGUAGCAAAAGUACCAUUGUAACUCUUCUGCUUGAAUAGAAGACAGAAAAUUCUUUGUGCGUGUUCUGCAAACAAGAGUAAAUCUGUUAAACAGAUCUAUUGCACAUUAACUUGGAACAUAUCAUUUAUGUAUAGUUACUCUGAAAAUAACACUAAAUAGACCGAGUGGUUUAUUAAAAUCCCAACAUACAUACAUGUCAUUUUCAGUAUGUGUGUUAGAUUGAUCUCUGGGACUUUUGAGUGAAGGAGUUUUGUGGUGGCCUGAUAAGCUUGCAUAAUAGUUUAAUUCUAAAAUCCUAGUGUAAAAGGUCUGUUAUUCUGAUAGUGAAAAUCUUUAUGGCUGUAUUCCCUGCCAAAUGUGCUAUGAAACAAUACAUUAAUCAGCCCUUCUGAUGUACAUCUGACGUGCCCCCUAUAACAAGCAUAAAUCAGUGUUGAGUAUAGAGUGCAAAAAGUAAUGCUUGGAAAGCUCGUUUCUUCAAGACUGUGGCAGGGCUGAAAACAGUAAUACGAAAUACUUUUCAGCUUAGUUUGGCAGGAGAGAGGGAGAUGAUUGCAUACAGAGGACUACCACAAACUGUACAGAAAGAGAGGAUACUAAUCUUAAGUAGGAAAAUGCACAGAAACCAAAAGGGAACUUUCUUGGGAAGAGGGAGGAGUGUUGAGAAUUUCUAGGAUUUUCUACUGCCAUGUAUAUGCUUAAAUCAUCAUGGUAGCCCUGGAGGUCAGCAUUAUGGUACUAUUUGCAUAGCCAUGGCAAACUGUAUUACAUUCUAUAUGUAUGCAGUAUUUAACAUAAGCUUAAAAAUCUUUUAACUGUAAUGAGCUAAAACUGGUCCCAUGACUGUACAAAUAAUUAGUAUUGAAAAUUUAUCCAAAAACUGCCUUAGAAAAAAUAAUUCUCUAUAUAAUCUCAUGUGGUAAAUCAUUGAUUUAAAAAUACCUAAGGACUGUAAAAGUUGCAUUAUACAUAUGUAUCUUAAGUGAUGGUUUUGUGGCCAAGAAAGCUUUUCCAGUCUUUGGUAUUUCUGUCUCCACCCUGGCGUUUCUUGCUUGCCUCAUCUUACUCUUUCCGAUACUACUGCUUUUCUGUUUUUUUAUUUCAUUACCUAUUUAAUUCUACUUGCUGUUCAUAUUGCUUUCUGCUGCAAGGUACGUUUAUUUUUACUUAGGGAAAUUCUCAGCAUGCACAAUUUCCUUUUGAUAUAUAAAAACUAAUUUGAGGAACGUGCUUUGAUCUCUGCUGACUAGCCAGCCUGAAAGCAGUAUGGGGAGGACAGUAGAGUCUCCUAAAUGGAGAAAGACAUAGGAACCCCUGCACCUCACACAUUUAAUCUGAUUCAUCUUGCAGUGAAAAAAGAGCAUAUAGAUUAGAAGCAAAUGUGAAAUUAGAGGCUAAGUAGGGUACUUGACUCUUAAUAGAUACUAGUUAUUGCAGCAAUUGUAUGAGUGAGUCUGCAGCUAUUAAGACAGGACAAAAAUGGAACUAAAUCCAAGAGGAAAACAAGAAAAAAAUCAGGAAAUCCAUAAUAACAUCUGUUGAAUAAAGACUUAAAUCUUAAUAAAAUGACUAAUAACUUUAUUCAAUAGUUUGCCUGAACUAUUAAAUUCUCAUUAAAAUUCUGCUCUUUUCUACUCUCUAUUGAAAUUGCUGUAGCUGCGUUUUUGAUGCUGUAGAAAUAGUUACAUAAAAAUUAAAUGCAUUUCCAAAUAACUUCUGACUUCACAUUAUCAUGACAAAAGAGAAUCCCUAAACGUAAUCCUUUCUCAGAGGUAGGUCAGACUCUGUAUGUAAUCUCUUCAAGGUAACUGCUACUUAGAAAGUUAAUUCAGUUUCAGCCUGUUCAGUUACACUCAAUAGACAGGAUGAUACUCUUUGUAAGAAAAGACUAUGGAAGCUGUGAGUGAGCUGUAACUAUUGUAUAAAUACAGCUUGGAGAAGUAUGUUCUGUCAGAGAGCAGCAUCACUCCCAUCACUCCUGGGAAACAGGAGUUAAAUCCUAUCCUGUUAAAUUUCUUUUCUUUCCUCUUACUUCUCCUUCGUAUUUUCAACUGCUUAAAGUGAACUCUAACUUAGAUAAGGGGAACCAAUGAAUACCGGGUGGACUGGACGGCACUUGAGCUAUCACACUCAAUUUACCUUUGCUUUCUGAAAGUAAUCUUUGUGUAGCUGGUUAUCUUCCUACUUCAAACCAGCAGCAGUGUCAGGAAGCCCUUAGUUCCUUAAGAAUUGCAAAACACGAGAAUAAGCAAUGACUGUCUCUAGAGGUUGUUCUGUCUUGGGUAAAUACACUCUUUUCUCCUUUGAUUUUUAUUGUUCAUAGAUGCAGCCCUAUUAACUUUAUGGAUUUAUGGGAGAACUAUCUCCAAAGUAAAAUGGAAAUACUGGUUAAUUAUGCUGCAAACUACUCAUGAGAUCAUCUUUAUAAAAUGGUAACUUCCAUUUCACACACUAUAAUAUUGUCAAAUAUACAUUUUACUCCAGUAGGGAUUAUAUGUAACCAGAAUAUUUACCACAACUUUGGUAUUAGCUAGCCCUUUGGGAAUGUGUUACAACUGACACGCUACUUAACUUGUAAACAUCCUGGGUUUUUUGUAUAUUAACAGAAAGAGCUUUAUAGCCUGAAUUAAAAAAAAAAAAGAGAAAAAAAGAAACACCAGUAACAGUAGCUGUCAUUACAUGCUUUUCCAGCUGAAACCAGGAACAGAGGGACCAUUUAUGCUAAAAUCUGUUUUGCUUUGAAUAGGCUAGUUUGUUUCACAAAGUCAGUCAUGCAACGCGUCUUAAUCACAGGGUGAGGAAGGAAUCUUUCCCUGUGUAAUAACGGCACUUUACUUUGCACUGAAGUUUUUCAUCCUGGUACAUCAAGUGAUAAACAACAAUCCAAGUAGCCACUGACUUAGUUUGAGGCCAAAUGCAGUUUAUCAUCAUUUAACUGAAUAAAUAAGCAUUUAAACCUUUUUGUAUUGCUACUGUUUCAACAGCAAAUAAGUGUGAUAAUUGUUUAGAGAGAAAAGUUUUGCACUCAUGAAUUGUAAAAUCCUGUAACUAGCUUGCAUGGAAAUAUAUUCUUCUAAUUGUACCUCAUCAGAAAAACAUCUUAUUAAAUAUUCAAUAUAGAAAUAGUUUCAGUUGUACUUUUGGUUUUGUAAUAAUUAAAAAGUUAACUUCUCCACAGCAAAAGUUGCAAUUGGUUUGUAAAAAACAUAUGUUAACUGUAACUAAUUCCUGUAAUUUUUGCAUAGUGGUUUGUCUGAAAAAUCACUCAUUCAUACUGAGAAAGAAUUUGUCUCCAACUUCUGAAGGAAACUUCCCACGCUGCUUGAGGGCUGCAGAUAGUCAUAAGUCAUACUGGCGAAAUGCAGUUUGCCUGCCAUUUCUGUCUUUCUCCUACCUCUUACUACCACAUGGUUGUAUCUAUCUCCUUUGUGUCAUUUAACUUGAAAACAGAUUAUAAAUAAAGUUAUUUACAUUUUUUGUGUGGA